CCUCGGCCAAGCAGUCCCCACCCCACCAAGUCUGCCCUCCUCUGCGGCCUGGAGAAAUACCUUUGCGAAUUCGAAGAGGCGGCUCGGACUUGACUGACGGGCUGCCUGUACAGCUCUCCUGCUCUGCCCUGUCUGCCCUCCCGCUAUCCCCAGCUGCGUCUCUUUCUCCCCUCUCUGCGGGGGCGGGCCACCAGCCAGCUGCCGGGAUGGACGUCGUGUAUGUGGACCCCGCCUUGCAGCAGGCGUUGAAGGGUCUGCUGAAUGGCGAGGGCUCCAGAAUGCCCUGGACGGCCGUGGAGGACCGUCAGCUGAGGUUCCUCGCUGCCACCGGCACCUUCACCUGGGCCGACAUCGCCAUCAAGUUCCCACUCAGGACCGAAACAGAAUGCCUCGACAGGCAAGCGACCUCUGCCACAGCACAGUGGCAGUGCCACACACGUGACUUUCCCUUGUUGUUUGUGUGUCGUGUAUCUGGUCAGGUGGCGUGAGCUCGAGAAUCCCCUGCCGCGUCCCGCUCGUCGGCAGCCCGCCACGUUUCCGUUCAGGAGCGAGGAGGACACACACCUGCGGCCGAUUGCCCUGGAGCUGCUGGCCGAGUGCGGGGGCAUCGGGGGCGACACACACGUCAGCAACUGCACCUGGACAGAGGUCGCCACCCGACUCGAGAAAAUCACCGGUAGGUAACUGACAAAACACAACGCACUCAGACAGACGGCAGGAAUGCGGGUUGUGCUGUUGGUUGGUCCAGGCAUUUGCCGCAGCGGCAAGCAGGUCCGCGAGCGGUUCGUCAACUACCUCAACCCGGCCCUCAAGUACGGCGACCUCACCGACGAGGAGGACCAGUACAUCCUCAAGCGACAGCAGGAAAUCGGAAACAAGUACCUGUGCGGGGGGGUGGAGCCAGCCAAUAUAAAUCUCACCGCAUGCCAGCCACACGCACACAAUCGGCACGGUGUUGUUUGUCUCUGUGUGAUCGACGGUAGGUGGAGCACGAUAGCCCGCGAGCUGGGACGGUCGUCCAACUGCAUCAAGAACCGCUACUACCUCAUGACCAAGUCCAGGAGCAAGCGACGACGACGGCAAGCCGCAGCGCAGUCGCCACCAUCCCCCUCCCCCGCCCCCGCCCCCACCCCCAACCCUCCCUCUCCUACCUCUCCCUCUCCGCCAACGCCAGUCACGCCAGUCACGCCACCUACACCACAUACACCCGCCACCCCUUCACCCUCCGACGUCAUCCACCCGACCACAGCUCCCAUCCACAUCGAGCCCAUCCCACUCGACUACCCCACUCAGCUGGACCCCGCCGUCGUGCACACCGUCCUGGCACUGCUGACGAGCGGAUGCCCACCAGCAGAAGCAGACGCGUCGCUCACCGGCUUGCCUGAGUUGCCGGCAAUGCCGCCGACCAUGGAGGCGCCACAGGAAGAGGAGGAGCAGCAGCCAGGGGAGGAUCGGCACGACCAGCAUGAGGGUGGUGUUGGUGGCAAGAGGAAGCGGGAUGAUGCUGACAGCAGCGGUGAGGAGGGUCAGCAGGGCGGGGAGGAUGACCUGUUCGGGAAGCGGGCCAAGGUGGGAGGGGAUGGGGAGGGUGAGGGGGUGGCGCCUGUGGUGAGUGCGGCUGUGGCUGUGGGGAUGCCGUACAUGUGCAUCCCGUCGUUUGACGAGAGUUGCGCGUCGCUGUGGCCCAUGUCGGCGCCAAACACACCCAUACACCGACACGAGCAGCUGUGAAUGGAGAGGGCAAGCCGGGCGGCUGAUGUACCAUGGGUGGUUUUGAAGGAAGAAACGAACGAUUGGUUGGUUGGUUGGUUGGUUGCUGCGACUCUCGUGCUCGACAGAGAGAAGUGGUGAGUAGAUGGCUGGCUGUUGAUUGCCUGGAUGGAUGGCUGGCGGGGCGGCAGACUUGCCUUGUACACACAGAAUAGACAGAUAGCCAGCCGCAAGGGGCUGCAGAAUUAGAGAGGAGGAUGGAUUGGAGGUUGGGUGGGGUGGUUGGGUGCCCUGUGCUGUGGGCAUCGAGUGAUGGGUGUCGCGUGUGUGCCUGUGUGCUCUUCCCUCCCCCUUUUCAUUCCCUGCUGGUAGUCUGUCUGUCUGUAGGCUCUCUGUACUCUGUGCUCCACGCUGUGUCGUCUUGUGUGUGCACUGUACGCUACAUAUCUUCAUUCAUUCGCACAUGUAGACCGGCAGAUCGAUCAGCCGCUGUGCGUGUGCAGUCCGUAUUUGUGCUGUGUGGUUAGUUUUAGUCAAUCGUAUGGGUCUGUCUGUCUGUCUCUAUCGGUUUGCAGCGAGCAUCUUGGUGGAGCAUUUUUUUCGCCAGUGGGUCGCCCUCUCCUGUGCGCAGUCUUCGUCGUGAAUGCAAUGCAUGGGUGGAUGUGGUGCGGCACAGGGCAGCGAGAGAGGGGGACGCACGCGGACGGCCGGCCAGUGGGAUUUGGUUUUUCCUGAGUAGUCUUUCUGCCACCUACGAUGUUUUACUCUUUGCCCGCCUGAACGUGUGCAUUUGUCAUAUUUGUGUAUCGACGAUCUUCUCUGCAAACCCUGUAUUUGUGGGCCUCCCUCCCGCCUGCGUGUUUGCUGCCUGUGGUGUGUGUGCGUGUCUGCAUGUCCCUCCCUCCCUCCCUCCCUGUCGUCAUGGUGUGUCCAUGGAUGGGGUGAGCUGCUGACUGCUUAGCUUGAUUGGUUGGCUGAUGGGCAGCAUAGCGCGUACCUGAUGCAUCGCUAGUCUUGUCUUGUCUUGGUUGAUCGUUACCGCCAUGGGUGUGCGUGUGCGUACAAUCGCAACAUUGCUCCCACGUCGGGGGCAGUGAAUUUUGUAGCUACUCCCCUCUGACUGUAUCUUGCUGAGUACGCUACACUACACACACCGACUGGACCACACAGACACCACACCCAUACACACACUAAAUGGACUCAUACACUCUCUGAUGGAUGGAUCCUGAGUGCCUCCGGGUCCACCUGUGUAUCUCGGCUUACCGUCUUCACCACUUAUCAGUCAUCGCACUACCACACCACACCCACACCACACACCCAUACCCACACACGUCAGGCGCUGAUAAUUUUUUGGUUUGACGCGUGCCUGCCUGCCUGUGUGUGCCUGACUGCCUGCCGUCUUGUUUGUGUGCAUGGACGCCCUGCUUGGUGAGCUGUCUGUCUGUCUGACUGACUGUGUACUCGAUGAUCGCACCAACACUCACUUAGAAAUAGGUCUGUCUGUCUGUCUGUCUGAAUGAAUGAAAGGUUUUUGUCGAGUGAUGCCAUCCAUUGCGUAUACAGUGUGGCUGCUGGCGGUGUUUUUGAAAAGGAUCGGGAUCGAGGCGAUUCAACGACAUGACAUGCGCACACCAGUGAUGGACGAUGUGAAGACAGACACGGAUGUGGGCGGGGGCGAGUGCGUGGAUGGUGUCAAUGUGGCGAUGCAUGGCUGUGAGUGAGUUGGGUCGGUCUGCGUUUUGGCGGGGAGGCUAGUCACGUCACACAUGACAGACAGACAGACAGACAGACAGACAGGGGAUACCAUGUACCAGACAGACAGACAUCAGACGGGUCAGUGUGGGUGGGGGGGACCAGCAUGUGUCUGUCGUCGUGGGGCUGGGUCGCUUUCCGACUGAGGUGGGGGAUGGCUUCUGCUGCGCCAAUCAGAAAGAUACUCGUCGCCAGCACCUCAGCCGAUCAGCGAUUUGUCACACCACGGGUGCGGUGGGGCUAUGACGGGCGCUUUCCCACAGCGCGGCGGCCCGGUAAUUUUUGCCCGUCUAUUGGAUGAACAGCAUGACUGCAUGGUGGUAAUUGGCGGGAGGUGUGAAAAGAGCAGCAGUGAUAGCGGAUCGCGUAGCGGAUCAGAGCAGCCAUUGCAUCAUUGCUUGCAUGAGAGCGCAUGGGAGUGCAUGUCUUGAGGUGCGUGUUGACAGAGGGGGCUUCAUUCAACCCACGUACAUCCAU